AGUGUAAAUGCGAGUGUUGGUAUAGUGGUAGUGUAAAAAAUAUGUAUAGUAUAAAUGUCAUCAACGAUUCUAGAUAUUCCAACUUACACUUCAAUGGGGUAAUUGUAACCCUCAAAUACAUGAGUUUUCAGUAUUAUUUUGCUAGUUUUAAAAUUGGUUUACGUAUAUUAUUAGAUUGAUAAACUACAAAACUUUGGAGGUUUCUGAAAAAACCAAUGAACUGUAUAUUACGAUUAUGUAAUUCAUUGGUAAAAACUGUCAAUACUAUAGAUUUAUCUAUGGUAGAAUUAGAAAGUAAGGUUAGGGAUUAGUGAUUGAAUCAAGCAUCUAUUUAAACCUUUUAAAUUUUAAAAGGAUAGAAACUAUGAGUGUUAUUAAACAAUCGUUAACGGUAAUUCUUGGACUAACAGCGUUAGGAGUUUCGAGUUAUGUAUUAUAUCUUCUAUUUCGUAAAGACGAUGAUGAAGACGACUAUACAGAUACUUACGCUAAAAUAUCAAAGUUCAAAACACACCAAAUUAACGUUCCUAAAAAUGUUGUACGCUCAUUAAUUGGUAGAAACGGCAAAACUAUCAAACAGAUUCAAGAACAAACCGGUACAAACAUUUAUUUCAGAGAUACCGAUAGCAGUGAUUAUAAAUUGUGUUUAAUAAAAGGAUCAGUGGAGGCUUGUAAUCUUGCUGAAAAUUUAAUACAAGAAUUCGUAACGAAUCAACCAAUUUUAGAAAAUGAAGAUAUAUGGAUCCCUCUAAGCUCUAUCGGUAGAGUAAUAGGGCGAAACGGGGAUCAAAUAUCCGAACUUAGAACAUUAUCUGGUGCAAAAAUAACAGUUUUAGAUGACGAACGAGGUAGAAAUUCGAAACGUAUUUCCAUUAAAGGUACCAGAGAGCAGAUAAAUUUGGCUAAAUCUUUGAUAGAAGAUGUAGUAGAAAAAGCUAUGAAACAACAAGAGUUUUUAGAAGCAUCUUUGGCUAAAAGAGAACCGAGGGUACCACCAAAAUCGCCAGAAGGUGCUUCUAGAAUCGUCGAAAGCCCCAAAGUUGAAAAAAUGUCUCCAAUACCAGGACAACCGGAAACUCCUUUUGAAAUAUACGUUUCGGCUAUGGUAGAUCCGUCUCGGUUUUGGGUACAAAUAGUCGGUCCUAAAGCUACCGAAUUAGAUUGUCUAGUAGAAGAAAUGACGGAAUAUUAUGGAAAACCUGAAAAUAGAGCUUUACAUGUACUAGGAGAAGUCAAACAAGGAGAUCUAGUAGCUGCUACGUUUCUAUACGAUAAAAAAUGGUACCGAGCUGAAGUAUUAAAAAUAAUAGAAUCUGAAUCAAAACAAGCAGAAUUAUAUUAUGUAGAUUAUGGUGAUACGGACACAGUAUUAUGCACAGAUUUAUACGAACUCAGAACCGAUUUUCUGAGACUCCAUUUCCAAGCUAUCGAAUGUUUUUUAGCCAGAGUCGAACCGAACGGUGAGAGUUGGUCAGAAGAGGCAGUGGAUCGUUUCGAAGAAUGGACUCACGUGGCUCAAUGGAAGAAACUUUCGGCGAAAAUGAACGGGUACAGUGUAAGGGAGAAGACGAGGGCGAAACGGGAGGGUUCCCCCGUUCCCGGUGUGGAUUUAUACGGGAUAGAAGAACACGACAUCGAUAUAGCUGAGGAAUUAGUCAAAUCCGGUUUGGCUGUAUUCAAAAAAGACGCUAAUUUGUUAUCGAGCAGUAGAACUACCAGCAACAGUAAUAUAAGCGUGGCUAGUAGUUCUUAGGAUUGGAGGAGAUUGAGUGUUGAGGUUAUUCGAAAAGUGUAAAAACUGAUCGCGAGUGUUAAAAAGGUGUUAAAGAAGAAUUGGAGAUUUUUGUGGAAGUUUAAACCCAGUGCUUUGUUGUGAAAUUAAUCUAAAGCUAAUUCAGUGGAUAUUUCUUAUUGCCAAAAUAUUUUUUUCACAAAAAGUUUUUUUGAUUAACUAGAAUUCAUCUUAAUCCAGUUUCCUAGCUUAUAACUGAUGCAAUAUUUCCACCACAGUUUGUUUUUAUCUCUGCCAUAAAUAUAUUUCGAAACAUUUGAACUACUGUUAAUAGUACAGAUAUUAGUAAGGAUCUUCGUAUAGUUUUUUCUCUGUGUUGUUGAUAAAAAUGUUUUCUACAAUUAUAUAUCCUUUUUUUUCUGUUUCUUCUGCUUUUUUGAGUAUCUUAUUUGAUUUGAUCACAUUUCAAUUGAGUUUUUUUGAAUAUUUUUUGCUGUUAUUCACAAUUUGUAUCAUCCUGAUUGAGUUUUUCUAUCAGUACUUUUGAACUACUGUUAAUAAAUCAGAUACUAGUAAGGAUCUUUGUGUAGUUUUUUCUCUGUGUUAUUGAUAAAAAUGUUUUCUACAAUUAUUAAUCUUUUUUUUUGUUUUUUGUGUACAAUUUUUUAACUUAUUUGAUUUAUUCACUUUUCAAUUGAAUUUUUUUAAUACUUGUUGCUUUUAUUCAGGAUUUGUUUCAUCCUGAUUGAGUUUUUCUAUCGGUACAUUUGAACUACUGUUAAUAAAACAGAUAAUAGUAAUGAUCUUCGUGUAGUUUUUUCUCUGUGUUAUUGAUAAAAAUGUUUUCUUCAAUUAUUUCUGUUUUCUUGGUUAUAAUUUUUGAAAUUAUUGGAUUUAGUCACUUUUCAAAUACUCUCCACUUUUUGUUCUAAUUUACUUCAAAUUGUGUCAAGACAUUUUUGACAUAUCCAAGCAUUUUUUUAAUUUUCUUUUUCUCUUAAAUAAAAAAUCAAUUCAAAUUCAGUUCAUUUGAACUACUACCGUUUAAGUCUUUAUUCAAAGAUUAAACCUGGUACUUCGUUUCAAAUAAUAUAAAUUUAAUUUCUGUUCAUUUGAACUACUCUAUUUGGGACUUUAUUGAUAGUUAAAGCCCAGUGCUUUGUUUUAAACUCAUUUAAUUCGAAUUUGUGUUCAUUUGAACUACUACUUGUUGAAAUUUUAUUCAUAGUUACCAAUUAAUCAAAACCUGACUUAAAUUUGAUUUCAGUUCAUUUGAACUACUUCUUUUUGUGCUUUUAUUGGUAGUUCAAACCCAAUGCUUUAUUUCGAAUUCUGAAAUUAAGACAAUGUUGGUCUUUCCCUUAGAAUUUGUUUUUUCUUAAUCAAAAACUUAUUCGAAUUUUAUUUUGGUUCAUUUGAACCACUACUAUUUGAUGAUACUUUAUUGAUAGUUCAAACCCAAAUUUAAUAUAAAUACAAGGUUGGUCUAGUACCUAAAUAUGAGUACUAAGGAAAAUUUUACUUCCAUUUUGAUUUUGUUAAAAAAAAAUUGUUGAAGAAAAUCUCUUAAAAUUGAUCAUUUAAAUCUUUGUACUUAAUUUAGUGAUUUUGAAACUCUAAAUGCGAAUUUUAUUCCUUGUUUUAUAAAAAAUUAUCGAAUUUUAGUUAAAUUUUAUUAAUUUCCGUUUUACAAAAAGACUUACUUCGAUACCAGUCUAGUUUAGAAAAAAUUUCGUUUAUUUCAGUAUUAUAUCUUUUCGUUUAAUUAAUUUUCAAACAGAUAUUUUAAAAAGUCUCUUAAUCCAUCGAAAAUAUCUAUUUUCAAGUGUUUUUGUUAGAUAUCGAAUGAGGAUUCGGUUACAGAGGAAGGGUAAAUAAAAAUCAGUUUAUUUUACAAAAUUUUUAUUUGUUGUUAUCAGAUUGUAUACAUUUGAUAUUGUUGACAAUCAUUUUGACUCUAAAAAUCUGUAAAACUGGGAAAUUAUUACAAAUAAAUAUUUUAAAAAUUCAAA